GCACACACACACAAACACACACACAGCAGUAUGGGCAGGCACGGGGAUUGGAAGAGAAGCAGCUGCUGAAUAUCUGGUGAUUUUGCGGGGAUAUUUGCGGUGAUUUUGCGGGGAUAUUUGCGGGGAUAUCACAGCAGGUAAUCGGGUCCUGAUGUCCUGAUGUUGCCAGACACCCCCUUUCUAUGCCUCCUGUAGUGCAUCAUGGGAAAACACCAGGCCUUCUUACUGCUGCUGCUUUCAGUCCUGAGUGCUGCUGAGGUUUGUCAGGGUGAGGAUGUGACGGCUGUGAUGAUGUCACAGAAGGGGGCGGUGACGGAUGUCCCGGUGAAAGUGUCCCGAGGGCAGAUCCUGGCGGCUCAGUUUGAGUGUUACCUUAAAAUACUGCACGAACCUCCACACACACACACAGGACCCUACUGUAAUCGCACAUGGGAUGGAUGGCUGUGUUGGGGCGACUCGUCUCCAGGGACGGCAGUGCAGAACUGUCCCAACUACUUCCAGGACUUCGAUCCCGCUGAAAAAGUGACCAAAGUGUGCAACCCAGACGGUCAGUGGUUCCGACACCCAGACAGCAACCGUCUUUGGUCCAACUACACCCUGUGCAGCGCCUACACCAAAGAGAAAGUCUCGGUUGCAUUCACCAUGUACUAUCUGGUGGUGGUGGGUCAUGUGCUCUCUUUGGUCUCUUUAGUCAUAUCCAUCUUCAUUUUCUCCUACUUCAAGUGUUUAAGCUGCCAAAGGAUCUCUCUCCAUAAGAAUAUGUUUAUGUCCUUCAUCCUGAACUCCGUGCUGAUGGUGAUCUGGUUCACCAUGGUCUUCUUUGAUGAACAACUGGCUGCUACCAACCCAAUCGGCUGUAAAAUCUUAGCCAGUUUGAUUCAUUACACGUUUUGCUCGAACUACUUCUGGAUGCUGUGUGAGGGGAUCUACCUGCACACUCUGAUCAUCGUGGCCGUGUUCGUGGGGGAGCAGCAGCUGGGGUGGUACUACCUGCUCGGCUGGGGAUUUCCAGUUAUUCCGGCUGUAAUUCACGCUGUGGCUCGGCUGCUCUUCUAUGAUGAUCAGUGCUGGAUAAGCAACACAAGUCUGCUCUACAUCGUCCAUGGUCCCAUCCAGGUCGCCCUGGUGGUAAACCUGUUCUUUCUGCUGAAUAUCGUGCGAGUUUUGAUCACUAAGCUCAGAGUGACCCACCAGACCGAGUCCAGCGUCUACAUGAAGGCUGUGCGUGCCACCCUCAUCCUGGUGCCCCUAAUGGGUGCCCACUUUAUACUGGUGCCGCUGCAGCCUGAAGGGAGGCUGUCGAAAGCUGUUUACGAAUUCUUCAUGAAUAUAUUUACGCAUUUUCAGGGGUUACUUGUUGCCAUCAUCUUCUGUUUCAGUAACGGGGAGGUGCAGUCAGCUAUAAGACGUAAAUCUGCUCAGUACAGAGCUCAGUGGAGGAGGCGUCUGGUCACCACCGACUCCCACUGUACCUACCACACCAACUCCUCCAUCACCGAAACCAGCCGGGUCACGUUCAACCUGGACCACGCCCCGCUGGGCACAGAGGAUGAGAAGAUACACUCCAGCGUACAGUCACUGAAUGGCCAGAGCAACGGCAAGCGCUGCUACAACGGAAGCCAAGAGACCCCCAUAAUGCUGGAGUCAUCUGACAUCUAACUUCACAGUUAAGAGGAACAGAGACUGUUCCACAUCGCAUCUCUGGUUGGAUUGCUCCACGAGAUACGCUUCACCCAAAACUGAAAAGAGUGAAUGGAAGGUGGGGAGGAUUAGCAUGAUGUGUGUACUGCUAAUCAGCAUUUUUGGGGAUUAGAAUUCAUUAAAGGUUUUGGAGAAAGUAUACAUUUAUUACUACACAGCACAAAUUAAGUUACUCAGUUUGGUAUUCAGAGUUUGCUGCCUUAGUUUUGCACUGGGGCUGAUGAAUAAUGGACUCCACUAUUUUUUUAGCUGUUACUCUUUUAGCUGUUUUUGUCCAUUUUUAUAGAUUGAAUUGUUUUAACACAGAAACUACUCUACAAUGCCACAGAAUGCAUGUAUUGCUUUUAUGUAUUGUGUUCAUUAAUGGUAAAAUUAGUAUGUGACUGCUAAAGUGGUCCAGAUUGUUUUAGAGGUAAAAAUGCACAAAUUAGGCUUUAGUCUUGGCAUGGAUUCCCAUUUGCUGCCCUGGUAUUUGAAUUGCCGUGUGCCAAGUUUGAGCUUCACUUAUGUAGGCACUGCAGAAAUAGCUCUGGGCAUCAGGCCUGGUUUCACUAGCAACCUGUGUUUCCAUAACUACCAGAACUAGAAGAGCUGCUCUCCAGUAUCAACAACACCAUUCAUUCAUGCAUUGACUGCAUGAACUGUGUAUCUAAAGUUUGAAUCACAUGUCAUGCAUUAUCUACAUCAGCACCUGAAGCCAGAGAGAGCACAAGUGGUGAUGGUGAUCUCUCCUCCAUUGUGAUGCUGUUGGCUGUGGAUCUGAUGCUUUGCUCCAAGUGCAUUAGAUACUUAAUUAAAUUUCAAUGAAAGCAGCCUGAUUUUACAUGUAUGUAGUUUCAAUAUUGGCCAGUUUUAGAGUUUUGGUUCUGGACUGAGGAACAUUAUGAGAAACAUUAUAGUUUAAGGUCCACAGUUUAUAAGUGAAAUACGGUGGAAUUUUUUUCCCCUUUUAGCAAGUGUAUUUCAAAUGAUUAAACAACUCAUCAUGGCAUAAGGCCAUGAUUUAGGCUACUUACAAAGUAAACUACAUUGGAUACAUUUAGAAGAAUUGGAAAACUAUAAAUUAGUUUUUAUAGCAUUUCAUUGUAUGAAAGUAAGACGUCAACAACUCAAUCAGCAAUUGUUCGUUUAGGAAGUGACAGUACUGCAUCUACAGCAUAUUAGGUUUUUUUCUGAAUUGAUUGGGUUUUGAUUCCAGUUCAGAAUCUGUACACCCCCUCCGAAUAAAGGACAGCUGGAGCUCAAAGUCAUUAUCUACCCUAUUCACAGAAGAAAUAUAAAAAUUUAAAGGUAAAUUAAAACAUCAUACAAUAAAAUUUAGAAAUGUGAACAAAGUUAUGUUUGGUUUCACAAUGUUAGGUUUCUUUUUUAACAGAUAUUUUGGUGUUAAACACAUUGAUUUCAGGGGACUUUGAACUGUUUUAUUGCAAAUGGCAAUCAUAGCACACGAUCUAAUAUGGAAAACAAAACAAAAACAAAUUUAACAAUCAAACUUGAAUUAAAAUUUUUAUCAAACUUAAUUUAUCUUACCUGUAAUGCAAUCAUUCAGCUAGGAAAUGUUGGAUAUCUGAACUUAAAUGCUAGGUCUCCACUGUUAACAAAUACAGGGUCAAACUUAUCUCUGUAAACACAACCCCUAAAACAUCCCUUAUCCUUUAUGGACUAGAACCUGAUGUAAUUUCCUUUAGACAAAAUAGACUUCACAUAGCUAAAUGCGUUUUCAGUUUUAGUUUACAUAAAGUGUGUAUAUUUUGUUUCUUUUUAAAUAUAUAUUGAUGAAAUAUUAAUUGUUGCAAGGAGAUUUGUGACAUUCUUUAGGGUUUGUUAGAAAUUUUAGCAUCUCUAAUAUUCUAAACUAAAGAAUAUUUUAUGAACGAACAACUGCUUAUAUCUAAGUAACAAUUAUUGCAGCGUAUUUCUGUUAAAGAACGAUGUCUAACUGUUUCUACAUCACAAUAACAGUAUGUGCAUUUACAGAAGUCACAUCACAGGAUGCUUUACAUGCAAUGCCAUGUAAAUUGAGUCAAACAAGCUUAUUUUCUUUGCCAUCAGAAGAAGGUUUCAUCUGGCCAGUAUCGUUUAUUUUAACUACAAUCUUGGAUUGGUGGUGUGCACUUUAAUAGUAUCAUGGCAUGUUAGAUAGUUCACUAAAUCCUUUUACUAUCACAAUAUAUAUUACAGAAAAAAUAUUGCACUGUCUUAUAUUGUGCAGUCUUAAUCAAAAAUAUUACAUUUUUAAUAUAAUUUGAACAGUUUGAGUGCUAAUGUGUGCUAACAUCAUAACAUGAGUUAACAGAGUCAUAACAGAGUUAUUGUUUUCCUCAUAAUGAAAGUGCUCAGUCUCUGAACAGGCAGCGCACACAAUCAUACCCACAUGCAAUAUAUAUCUCUGUAAAACCCUGGUUAAAAAUUUAGCAGUGCUGCCACAUUCAGACGAAUACUCUGGUGAAUGAUUUGAGAACUAAUUAAAUAAACAAAACAAGAGCUAGUUCAUUCUCUGGAAAUAAAACUGUUGUUAUAUAAAACAUUUAUAUUUCUACCAUUUAGUUUUAACUCAUUUUAACUCAGUCAUUAAUUAUUACUUUUCUAAUGCUGUGUUCUGUAUGCAUAUACCUAAAAAGGUGACUCCUGUGAACAUCCUGUCAAAAACAGGCUACAACAGUCAGGCUGGGCAAUAUGUAAAAAAUAUUUAUUUAAUUUAUUGUGAUUUUCAUAAGAUGAUUUCAUUCCAUACAAUAUUUGACUUCUGGGGAAUUGGGCGAACUGUAUUUUAAAUAGUGCAAUUAUUAUAUAUUUCUGGAAAACAUGCAGUGUCAAUUUUUCCUCUAUUGUGUAGCCCAGUCUAGUACAGUGAUUUUAUUUUUGAAGAAAACAUCCUGCAUGCCAGCUAACGGUAACAGCUCUAACUAUACUUUGUGUAAAGAAAUCUUCAGUUGGUUCAUGGGCUUCAUAUCUACAAUGAAACUUUUAAAAGCACAGUGUCAUAUUGCCCACCCCUUCUCUUUUCUGCCAUAGCCGUUUAUCUUCUAAGAAUGCUUGAGAUUAGAUGUUGCACCAUAACUAUAAUAUUACAAGAGCCUUCAAGUAGUAGGUGCUGGCUGAUACUGGAUAAUUAGUUCUCAUAGAAAAGUAUUCCAGCUGAGGUAAUCCAGUUUGUUCUGGAGAGAAGGUAAAUGGAGGCCGACUAGCAUUAUCUUUUAGCCUAGCAAGGUUUCCAGUUUGCUUCCCCUAGCACUCACUUCACACUGGGAUGGGUUUGAGCUCCUCUGAUCAUUAGACCUGGUUCACAUAAAUGUCAAUAUUUUCAUAAUUAUCUCUCUGGAGUCUGUAGGUGAUGAGCUGCUCAAUAACACCUGUUUGCCUUAGGGUAUCAUCAUUGUCUGAUUAACUAGGUGUUUUGCUUUUGGAUUUGUAUAUAUAUACAUUUUACACAUAAUAUACAUAAUAUACAUUUUAGGGGUGUAAAUUCCAGACUAGGGGUUUUGUUUCUUAGGUUCAUGGUUUGUCACUUUCAUACAUUCCAUGGAUUCUGCAUUGACACAAAGCACAAAUCUAGUGAAAGAGUGGACUAACAUGUACAGGAAUUAAUGGUGCAAUUCUUACCUGCCAGGAAUGUUGAUUACAGAGCCCAAUUUACCCUCAAUUUACCAUCAAUUUGCCCUCAUUGACAGUUUACCAUUUGUAAAUACCAAACAUCUUGGUUUUCAAGGGGACUUUCUGUAGGCUUAAACUGUAUGCUUUUGUACUGACUGAGUUUUAUGCAUGAGUGUCCCACCCUGACAAAGGAAGACAAUGAGUGGAAGUGAAAAUAAUGGAAUUGUUUUAUUACGAGCACCCAGAACUUCUCAGAUAUGUAAUUAUUUGGAACAUAUGUAUGUGUAUAAACAUUUUUGUUGUAAAUACUUAAAAUAAGCACUUGGUUUUUACACAGACUGCCUGCUCUCAUUGUUGGGGAAAGUAGAUUUUUUGCUCUCUGUGUGACACACGAUAAUGAACUACAUAAUGUUGUAUUUGCUUGAAUGUUGGUAAAAUUGCAUAGCAAACAUUCCUUGUGAAUCUCCACAGAACUGUAUUGUAAGCAUUCAGUGUUGGUGUAAUGUAUGUUGUUGAUUAUAAAAAGCACAAUAAAUGUUGCACUGGAGAUUCACAGCUCUCCACUGGUCA